UGUGAGAGAGUGGGGGGGGGAGUUGGCAAUGAAGGCAUCAGUCGCGCCUAGCCCAGCCCAGCCUGCACACACCGGGUUAGAUGUUAAGCCAGCGCUGAGGAGCCGCAUUGCCAGUGUGUUGUUGCUGGAGGCCGGUUCGAUUCCAGCUUCCCCCACCCCCAGGGCUUCAGGAGUGUGUCUGGAAACACAAUAAAACGGAGCCUUGUCUUUUGGGGGGGUGGGGGGGGGGGAGAGUUACUGUAUUCUCCAGGAUUUCCUCAGAGCGUCAGGUGAGAGAGCAGUCUGAAGCUCAACAAGUUCCAGAGAGAAACUGCAGGGGGGAAAAGAUCAGCAAAUGUUGCAGCGAUUAGUGUGUUAUUCGGAAUAUUGGGAGAGGUCAUGAUUGAGGAUGGCAAAGGCAGUGCAAGUCUCGCCAAGAAACUUUCAAUUCAGCGGCUGCAAGUUGAGGGCGAGGGGUUUUUCUUGUGGGGGGUUGGGGGAAGAGUUGGUCUUUCGGAGGCUUGACCAAGAGAGAAUGCCUGUCCUGACCUCCCCAGAAAUCGCCACCAAGUUCAAGGAAAACUGGAUGAUGCUGCACCCGGAGGAUCAGGACAAUGUGAGCGGUGCCGUGAACCUGGAUGACAGUCUGACCAGCCUUCAAUGGCUGCAGGAUUUCUCAAUCCUCAGUGCCAACCUGGAGAAGCCGGCUGGGGGUGCCCAGCAUCACUGCAGGCAGCAGCAGCAGCACCACGCGCCCAGCUCGGACUCCCCUGCCUCACCUCCAGCUGGUGACACCGCGUCCAGCGGCAUGCCCACUGGGCUGGGCAAGCCCACCUCGGCGGUGGCUGGCACCAAGACCUUGAUCCAGGCUCAGCCUCCUUCCCAGAGCCCGGCGGAGGAUGUGGACUACAAGACGAACCCGCACGUCAAGCCGCCAUACUCCUAUGCCACGCUCAUCUGCAUGGCCAUGCAGGCUAGCAACAAGAGUAAGAUCACCCUGUCUGCCAUUUACAACUGGAUCACCGACAACUUCUGCUACUACAAGCACGCUGACCCCAGCUGGCAGAAUUCUAUUCGUCAUAACCUUUCUUUAAAUAAAUGCUUCAUGAAAGUGCCAAGACAGAAAGAUGAACCUGGUAAAGGGGGUUUCUGGCAGAUUGAUCCACAAUAUGCCGACAUGUUUGUCAACGGUGUAUUCAAAAGGAGACGGAUGCCAGCAACACACUUUAGCGCCCUCAAACAAAACAAACUCCCAUCUGUAACUACAUCUGAAGUCUCGAUAAAUCCAUCAACUCAACCUUUCCUGUCUUAUCCUGGGCCUGGACAUACAUCUGUGCGGUACAUGGAGAAUUCUCACAAUAAUCCACUUUUCAACUCUUCAGACAACCACCGAACUGCAAGCAAACGCAAGCAAGCCUUGCCAAAGCGAACAAUGAAGACGUCCAGAACUACCAAGUCUCCACUGCUGGGUCACGACGAUCGCGAAUCUGAAUCGCUCAAGGGCGACUUUGACUGGGCCUCAGUCUUUGAUGAUGUGUUCAAUGCGAAUGGGAGCAAUUUUGAGGACUUAGACAUCAAUGCAGCAUUGAACUCUCUGGGUACAGAGCUGGAUCUUACUGUCCAAGGAAGGCAUAUUAGCCCACAGUCUAAAUGGUGCUCCAUUGGGAUGGACCAGGUUCUUGCAGAAACCACCAGCCAGGCUUCCCAGUUUGAAGAUUUUACAUUUUUCUCUGAUGCUCAAAGGCAUCCAUGGGAGGAGAUGAAGGAAGAGUUCCAAAUUACCCCUUUGGAUAUAGAUCAAGGCUUCAACUUCUAUGAAGGAUUCUUCAAUGAACUGCAUCAAUGGGAAAGAGGAGACAACUUUCUGUGACAAGACUAUGUUCCCCUAAUGAUCAAUCUUGAACCAUUUGCUACAUUAGCAUUAAUGCUCUUGAUUACUGGAAAUGUACAGCUUACAUGAAGUUCCUUUUAUGCUGUUGAAAAAUGACCCAUUUGUUAUUUUUUAUUGUUUAUAAUUUUUACACUGGAAUACCAUUUUAAGAGAUUUCCGUCAUAGUUGAAAGAAAUCAGUCUGAAAUUCUUAAUAGUUUAAGAUCAUACCAUCUGAUUACAUACCAGGUUGUACCACCAGAGGUGCACAAUGCUGCAGUGUUUCAAAGGGAUGUGUUCUCAAAGCUAUUUGCCGUUUCAGAUUCUUUCUUUGUUCAAAGCCGAAAAUUGCUCACAACUGCACUUGACACUUUGGAAGACAAUGUUGCUGAAGUGAAAAUAUGAAGCCAAUAGUCAAGUCAAGCAAGCGUACGAUGAAUGGAACUGUGAUGGCACUAUUUACGUACAGUCAAUUAGGAGCUAGCUAAUUCUUAACUGAGAUGGCUGUUAACAGCCUAUUCUUGCUAGUUGAUCCAAAAAUUGUCCAUUGAAGUAUAUUGCACUUACUCCUAAAAACGACUAACCCUAACUUGUGUUAAAGUCACCUUCUAUUACCUUGCAGUUGCAGUGUUUCGCCAUAUGAACUCGAAUUAGAAAUACAGGGCUAAACUAGAAGUCUUUCAAGUUAAUUUUCUACUUGCUUUUUCUUGACUUGGCUAUUGAGUGAGUGUUGAGCUUUGGUUCAAUGGCUUCACAGAAUCAACACACUUACAGGAUGUAAGGCACAGUUUUGACCGUAUAUUUUUCCAUAAAAGACUUAUUUUGCUCAGAAGUACUAGUGUUAAAAGGUGUAGUUUUUUUUCUUUUUGGAAUUGAUUUGGUGACUAACCUGAGUGAAAUUCUCAAAAACAGAAGGGACGUGGGGAGGACUUGAUUCGAUUAUUGUUUGGAACUGCCCUUAAUCAUGACAAACGCAAGGCCUAAAUGAUUGAACACUAGAAAGGGCAAAUGUACUUUCUACAUAUCCUACAGUGAAGCAAGCAUCUUGGCCUGUCCACAUUAGCAUGGAUCUCUUUUUUUAAAAAAAAAGGUGUAAUCAAGUCAUCGUGAUUCUAUGCAGAAUUCCUUUUCUUAUUGUGUUGGAACUGCUGCCUUAACAAUGAAGUUAUGGAGGGUUUCCAUCCCGUGACUUUUGUAAAGAGCUGCUAUGUAAUUCUGAAGAUGAAAUGAACAACGUCCGCUGAACUGUGUAACUAUGCCAAUCUGUUUAAUUCAUGAAUGCAGACUAGAGAUAAACUCAUCAUUCUUUGAGCUGACUGAUAAGUAGUCACUGUUAGAUGCUUGGUUUGUAACAGGGAAGUCAAUGUGUUUGCUUGGGUCACUCUGUUAACUGACCAGUGGAGCAAAUCCCCCAUAUGUGUGCAAUCUCCCAUUUUCUAUUCUGGUUAAUUGCUAUUUGCCUCACCGCAAUAAAAAUUGUGGGGUUUACAGCACAUUCUUCUAGAGUUUUAUUUGAAUAAACAAUAAUUACCCAUAAUUUCUUUCCGAUUUGAAACAUAUGCUGCUUCAUAAUUCAGCAUCGUGAAGAACAUGAACUAAUUUGGGUAAGGUGGAUCAAACCUUCAUACACACCAUAAAAGUAGAUAUGAAUAUGGUAUGAACUAUUAGAGGUGGGAUGGAAAUUUUGAAUCUGUUUGAAAUGUAUUACCAAUCUGGACCCAGUUUAGUUCUAGAAUUGCUCACUAAAUUAAGGCUUCCAGUGAGCGGGCGGGUAAAUAGAGCUGGGUGCAUGAAAAGAUCAACUCUGAUCUUACUCAAUGGCAGAGAGGGUUUGAGGCCUACUCCUAUUCCUCAUUCUUACGAUCUUAUGAAAUGCUCAUAGAAAUAUCUAAUAAUAAGGUUAUUCACAGUUGGAGUUUUUCAUCCAUCACCCGAUUGCCUUUCAGAUUGUGGUAACGAGAAGCCACCUUGAUCACUGCAGUCCAUAUGCUCUAGAUACACCUAUGACACUGUUAGGGAGGGAGUUCAAGGAUUUUGCCUCAUCACUGCUCCUUCAGUGUCGCUAUGUUAGAGUUUGAAUAUGUUUUUGUGCAGUGGGUUUGUCCACCAUCCUGUGUGAAUGAUGCCAGUUCAGAAAGGAUGAUUUAGAAUCCUGAUUUGUGGGGUGGUGUUUAACCGUAAGUCGUCAAAAUGGAUGUGAGCAAUUGCAUUUCGACUAAAAUAGUCAAUUGUCUCCUUUUAAACGGGGUCAGUUGUCUCUAAGUGGGUGGCAAUGGUGGCUCAGUGGUUAGCACUACUAUCUCACAGUGUCAC